AUGGCUGAAAACUCAUUAGAAGCCAUAUCCAAGUAUUUGGAGCAAUCACUUUUGCCACAGCAUGCUAAGUUGGCCGAAGGACAAUUGAAGUCAGUUGAAACUCAACCUGGAUUCUCCAUAAACUUGUUGCAUGUCAUCGCCUCUACCAACUUGCAACCAUCUGUCAGAUUGGCUGGUGCUCUUUUCUUCAAGAACUUAGUCAAGAGAAAGUGGUUGGAUGCAGAUGGGUCUAACUAUUUGUUGCCUGUUGAAGAUGUGAACAAGAUUAAGUCAGAAAUUUUAGACGUCAUGAUAAAACUUCCAAAUCAACUCCAGAUCCAGAUCGGAGAAGCUAUCACUCUCAUCGCCGAAUCUGACUUUCCACAUAAUUGGCCCAACCUUAUAGACAAUUUAGUUGGAAAGUUGUCCCUGGAUGAUUUUGUCAGUAACAAGGCAAUUUUGUUAGUAUCGCACUCGAUUUUCAAGAAAUGGCGCCCCCUUUUCAGAUCUGAUGAGUUGUUCUUGGAAAUCAAAUUAGUAUUGGACAAGUUCACCGAUCCAUUCUUGAAACUCUUCGUAGGAUUGGAUCACUUAAUUGAGACUAAUAGCGACAAUGGUGCACUUUUGAACAUAUACUUCGAAAACUUAUUGCUUUUAAUGCAAAUCUAUUACGACUUCAACUCUCAGGAUAUUCCUGAAUUCUUUGAAGAUAACAUGAAUGUCUUAAUGAACAUAGUUCAUAAGUACCUUAAAUACCAGUCGACUUUGAUAACUAAAGAAGACGAGGACGAAGAAAUCGACAUAUUAAUUAAAGUGAAAACUUCGAUCAUUGAGUUGACAUCCCUCUAUGUUACAAGAUAUGCCGAUGUAUUUGAACCUUUGAUCCAGCCAUUCAUGACAUCAGUUUGGGAAUUGAUAACGACUUAUUUAUCAAAGCAACAGAAGUAUGAUUUGUUGGUAGUCAAGGCAUUACAUUUCUUGACUUCUGUAGUUAAAAUACCUAAUUUCCAGUCAUACUUCCAGUCGGAAAGUUCAAUCAAUGAAAUUAUUGAAAAAAUUAUUUUGCCUAAUAUUUACUUCAGGGAAGUCGAAGAAGAGAUGUUUGAAGAUGAACCGAUAAACUUCGUCAGAUCAGAUUUGGAGGGAUCAGAUUUUGAUUCAAGAAGAAAGUCUGCCACCGACUUCUUGAGAGAAUUGAAGGAAUUGAACAGUGAACUCUUGACAAACACAGUGAUGAAAUAUGUGAACCAGUUCUUGUCGUUGAGCACUAAUCAAGAUUGGAAGAAUAAGGAUAUUGCCGUUUACUUAUUUUCUUCGUUAGCUACCAAGGGGUCUGUUACCAAUAUCGGUGUCACUUCUACAAAUGUUUUAGUUGACGUUGUUAGAUUCUUCAGUGAGAAUAUUGCCAACGACUUGGUUAACCCUAAUGCUCAUCCAAUCUUGAAGGUUGACUCUAUUAAGUACAUUUUCACAUUCAGGAACCAAUUGACAAAAGAGCAAUUAAUAACGACAAUUCCCUUGUUAAUCAACCAUUUGAGUUCAAAUGAAAACCCAGUAGUCUACACGUACUCUGCUAUAACGAUCGAGAAAUUAUUAGCAAUGACUGAUUUCCACCAAAACCACGAACCUGUUUUUAACAAACAUGAUAUUCAACCUUUCUUCACGGAAUUAAUUACAAAGUUGUUCAACUUGAUCUUGUUGAAUGAUUCAUCUCCAGAAAAGCUUGCCGAGAACGAAUUCCUUGUUAAAGCCAUAAUGAGAAUCUUGAACACUGCCGAAGAUUCACUCACGCAAAGAUUGCCCAUUAUUGAUCAAUUGUUAAAAAUCUUGAAAAUUACGGCCAAAAAUCCUUCUAAUCCAAAAUUCUCCCAUUAUGUUUUCGAGUCUUUGGGUUUGUUGAUCAAAUUUGAUCUAAAUGAAAUCAAUAAAUUUAUUGAAUUGAUUAUCCCUGCAUUAUGGGACAUCUUGAGUGAAGAUGUUCAAGAAUUUGUACCAUAUACAUUCCAAAUUUUAGCCUUUUUGUUGGAAAAUUACCCAAGAUCUAACGGUUUACCAGAGGCCUACAAGUCAUUGGUUAAGCCAUUGAUGGCUCCCACUGUAUGGGAGUUCAGAGGUAAUAUUCCUGGUAUCACUAGAUUGUUGGUAGCUAUUCUUGAACACGAUCCCAGUGUGUUCGCUGUUAGUCAGGAAAGCUUAACUCCACUCUUGGGUGUAUUCCAAAAGUUAAUUGCUUCAAAAUUGAACGAUGCUUAUGGUUUUGACAUCUUACAAUCGAUCUUGUUGAACAUUCCGUUGAAUGCACUUCAGCCAUUUUUGAAUCAAAUUGGUAUUUUGUUGUUAACUAGAUUGAAGAAUUCGAGAACUGACAAGUUUGUCAAGAGAUUCACAUUGUUCAUAAGCACUUUAAAUUGUAUUUCUUUGGAUCCAGAAUUAAACAAAUUUGUCAACUCAUCUGCAAUCAAUGGUGAUUUUGUUAUUGGGUUCAUCGACUCUGUUCAACCUGGUGUUUUCAAGCAGCUUUACAGCAACAUGAUUCUUCCAACAACGAGUACUAUUAUCAAUUUACAGGAGAAGAAGAUUGUCAACUUAGGUGUAUCUCAAUUCUUAGCAACCGAAUCCUUUGCUAGCACUUAUCAGUCUCUUGCUGUUCCUACUAUUGAAAAAAUGACUCAAAAUAUCAAUUCAUAUGCUGGUAUUGCCAAAGAAAGUGGUACGGCUGCUGGGAGUAUGGGAGGAAAUGGGUCCAUCGCCUUGUCCAAUGCCCCUUUAAGUGACUUAGAUUUGGAUUCAACGUCUUUUGGCUCUCAGUUUUCCAAGAUUGCUUCCAUUAGUAUCAAGCCUUUUGAUCCCGUUUCCAAGAUCAAGAAUAACGAUUAUAAUUCCAUUAAGUUUGGAGUCAUCUCUAAUAUUAAAAAGGUGCCUGUCACCGAGUUGAACCAGUUGAACCCCGAAGCAACUACAUUCUUAAAGAAUUUGGGUUUAUAG